AUGGAAGAUCCACCCACGGAACGACCUCCAGAAAAGAAGUUCAUCCAGGGCACGCACCUGCAGCGCCACAAGAUGAUGCACACUGGCGAGAAUCCAUGGAAGUGCGAUCUCUGUCCUGCACAGUUCAACCGGAAUGCGCAUCUACGGCUUCACAAGCGGACACACAAUGGGGAGAAGCCAUACAAGUGUGACGUCUGCCCUGCAAAGUUCCGCCGGAGCAGUGACAUGCAGCGCCAUAAGAGGACACGCACCGGUGAGAAGCCAUACAAGUGCGAUGUCUGUCCUGCAAAGUUCAGCCGGAGCAGUUCAGACAGAGCAAGCACCUACAGCAUCACAAGCGGACACACAUGGGGGAGCAGCCAUAAAAGUGGGACCUCUGUCCCGCAGAAUUCAGCCACAGCGUGGGACGAGAAGUCAUACAGGAGCAUUCUCUGUCUUGCAAACUCGAGGCACAUCACGAACCUGCAGCUUUAG